CGGAAGUGAAGCGCGUUGCUAUGGCCGCUGCUGCUGUUGUUAUGCUGCUGUCAGAUGAUCUGAAUAAAGCCGCGUUCAGGAUGAAGCUGUGAUUGAGUGUGUGUGUGUGUGUGUGUGAUGGCUGGGAAGGUGAAGUGGGUGACGGACAUCGAGAAAUCAGUGCUGAUCAAUAACUUUGAGAAGAGAGGAUGGAUCCAGGUGACGGACAGCGACGACUGGAACUUCUACUGGAUGAGCAUCCAGACCAUACGUACCGUGUUCAGCGUGGACACCGGCUACCGUCUGUCCGACGACCAGAUGGUCAAUCACUUCCCCAACCACUACGAGCUGACCAGGAAGGACCUGAUGAUCAAGAACAUCAAGCGCUACAGGAAGGAGCUGGAGAAGGAGGCCAGUCCCUUAGCCGAGAAGGACGAGAACGGGAAAUACCUCUACCUGGAUUUCGUGCCGGUGACGUUCAUGCUGCCGGCCGACUAUAACCUGUUCGUGGAGGAGUUUCGCAAGAGUCCGUCCAGCACGUGGAUCAUGAAGCCGUGUGGGAAGGCGCAGGGCAAAGGCAUCUUCCUCAUCAACAAGCUCUCUCAGAUCAAGAAGUGGUCUCGCGACAGCCGCACCUCCACGUUUGUGGCGGCCAACAGCGGGAAGGAGGCCUACGUCAUCUCCCUGUACAUCGAUAACCCGCUGCUGAUCGGAGGGAAGAAGUUUGACCUGCGGCUCUACGUGCUGGUCACCAGCUACAGGCCGCUGAAGUGCUACAUGUACAAACUGGGAUUUUGUCGUUUCUGCACGGUCAAAUACACCCCGAGCACCAGUGAGCUGGACAACAUGUUCGUGCACCUUACCAACGUGGCCAUCCAGAAACACGGCGAUGACUAUAAUCACGUCCACGGUGGGAAGUGGACGGUCAGUAACCUGCGUCUGUAUCUGGAGAGCACCAGAGGACGGGACGUCACCAAUCACCUGUUUGAUCAGAUCCACUGGAUCAUCGUCCAGUCCCUCAAAGCUGUGGCUCCCGUCAUGAAUAACGACAAGCACUGCUUCGAGUGUUACGGUUACGAUAUCAUCAUUGACGACAAACUCAAGCCGUGGCUGAUCGAGGUGAACGCGUCUCCUUCGCUCACGUCCAGCACGGCUAACGACCGCAUCCUGAAGUACAACCUGAUCAACGACACGCUGAACAUCGUCACGCCGAACGCUGAGAUCCCAGACUGCCGCUGGAACCGCUGUCUGCCCAAAGAGGCUCUGGGACACUACCAAGUGCUUUACGAUGAGGAGCAGGCUCUGAGCGAGAGCACUGAACGGGACCUCAGGAGCCGCUCGGGUCAGCCGCUGGGGUCAAAGGGCAGCAGGUCGAGCAGCGUCAGGCCCUUCCCGGCCACCUGGAAGUGAAAUCACAUCUGGAGAACUGAGUGAUGACGACGGCGCCUGCAUGAUACGCAUGAGUCUGCAUGAGCGUAUGAGUAUAUCUGAAGAACACAGGACUCAGACUGAUGCAGCGAAGAAUCAUCUACAUACAUGUGUGUGUUUAUAUAUUUAACUGACUGAUCACAGCUGGAUUUGAGCGUAUGCUCUCGGUCUGGACUGUUUCUCCAAGCUCAAGUCUAAAUGUGUUCGAUCAGUGUGCAGAAUGAACCUUCACAGCUAUCAGUACAAUACAAUACAAUACAAUGCUUAAUUAGAACGCAUAUUUUAAAACAACCAAAUUUGUGCUGCACUGAGUAUACAAAAGAAAACAGAUAAACAAAAUUAUAAACAAACUCAUCAAAAUAGAAAAUCAUUACACAGCAAGUCAAGAAACAUUGAAUGCCAAGAAAAAAGUUUUAAGAAUAGACUUAAAAAUAGAUAAAGUCGAAGCGGUUCUGAUAUGAACCGGGAGUCUAUUCUAUAAAAGCACCAUCCGCAUCUGUUUUUGAGUCUUGUCCUGGGAACUUGCAGUAAACCAGAAUCAGCAGAUCGGAGUGAUCUUACUGAGAUGUAACGUAUUAGAUAGGUACUGUGGAGCCUGAUUAUGGAGAGAUUUAUAGACUAACAAUACAAUUUUAAAAUCAAUUCUAUAUUUUACCACCAGCCAAUGCAAUGAGAUCAAAACUGGUGUGAUAUACAAUGAGUUGCAAAAAUCCAAUCGAGAUGUUACAAAAGCAUGCAUUUCGUACUUCUUUAGGGACAAAAAUGGCUUCACCUUCAUCAGAAGACGCAGAUGAUAAAAACCACAGACUUGACCACAGUACUUAUCUGCUUAUCAAAUUUUUAGAUUAUUGUCAAACCAAACACCUAAAUCUCUGACACAUGUGGUGCUGUAUGGAGUCAGAAGUUCAUAUUUGAAAUCAUGUACACGGUGCUCAUUUGAGCCAAACACAAUAAAUUCAGUUUUACUCUCAUUAAGGCUUAGGAAAUUACUUGCACCUCAAAAGCCUGCUUGUUAUCAUACUUCAAGGGGAUAAAGAUUUGGGUGUCAUCUGCAUACAGAUGAAAAGAGACUCCAUACUUAGAUGCUUAGAUACUUAGAUCCUAGAGGAAGCAUAUAAAGGGAAAAAAGCAUCGGACUAAGAAUCGAGCCCUGGGGAACACCAGACUUUAAAUAUAUUUCAGAGGAGGAUUGGGUUUCCAUUACUGACAACAUACCUCCCGUUAGUGAGAUAUGA